AGUGAGCGGCAGGCAGAGGGCAUCAGUUCACAAGGAUAGCUAGCUAGAAGCAGCACUCAGCGCCUAACGAACGAUGGCCCCCUCCGUCAUGGCCUCGUCGGCCACAUCCGUCGCUCCCUUCCAGGGGCUUAAGUCCACCGCCGGCAUGCCCGUCAGCCGCCGCUCCGGCAGCUCCAGCUUCGGCAACGUCAGCAAUGGCGGAAGGAUCAAGUGCAUGCAGGUGUGGCCGAUCGAGGGCAUCAAGAAGUUCGAGACCCUGUCGUACCUGCCGCCGCUGAGCGUGGAGGACCUCCUGAAGCAGAUCGAGUACCUGCUGCGGUCCAAGUGGGUGCCGUGCCUCGAGUUCAGCAAGGUCGGCUUCGUCUACCGCGAGAACCACAGGUCCCCCGGGUACUACGACGGCAGGUACUGGACCAUGUGGAAGCUGCCCAUGUUCGGGUGCAGCGACGCCACCCAGGUGCUCAAGGAGCUCGAGGAGGCCAAGAAGGCGUACCCUGACGCCUUCGUGCGCAUCAUCGGCUUCGACAACGUCAGGCAGGUGCAGUGCAUCAGCUUCAUCGCCUACAAGCCCCCGGGCUCCGACUAAUCGACCGGUCACUGUGUAAUGUUUGGUUUUGGGUCAUGUUGGUUUUCUACGCCUUCUUUUCUUUCUUUGUUUUUAAAUGUUCCAUGUGUUAAUUAAGCUGUAUUGAUGUACGUAAUCUCUCGUUCCCCCAACCUGUUAUUACAAGAGUACAACAACUAGCUAUAACGUUGGGUGAGGAGGUGUGAGUGCAAGCUCUCCGGCUAUAUAUCUACGACAUAUAUGUAAUAUGAUGCCUAGAGCAUGUCCGAAUCCGUCGACAAUGAAAUUCUGGUUUUGUUAA